UCAGCACCAUCGAAAAUAGGGGGGUAGACAAAAUUUUGUGAAAAUUGGAGGUGGUGCCACUAAAGUAAAUAAUUACCGAUAUUAGUUUGCCACAAAAUAUUAAAGAUGUCACGACUCACGAGUAAAUCUAAAAUGUAAAACCUAACCCUACUUUUCUCUGAAAUAAAGUAGGAACAAGAAUUUUUUGUUGGGGGCUGGGGCGGCUAGUUAUUUUACCCGUCAAAUUGGAAAGAUGACCCAUUCCGUCGAAAAAGCACUUAACUUGCUGCGGUCAUUACCAAGAGUUUGCUUAGCUAAUAUAAAGGAUCACAAUAAACGGAGAAAAGGCCAUCGAGGCAGAGCUCAGCAUGGUGGUGACAAACACGGAGCUGGUAAUAAAGGCGCAGGACAACGCCAGAAUUACAUGAGGUUGGGUUAUGAAACAGGCAACAAUCCUUUCUAUCUACGAUUUCCUUGGGAACCGUAUUACAGAGGACAUCACGUAAAGAGGCAAUAUCCUCCGCUCUCUUUGUUAGAUCUUCAAAAAAUGGUUGACACAAAUAGAAUCGACACUAACAAACCAAUUGAUCUGGUAGCCAUCUUAAAUUCUGGAUUGUACAGAAUGUUUCCCGACCAGAAUCACUUUGGAGUCAACUUAACUGACGAAGGUGCAGAUAUAUUCGAUGCAAAGAUUAAUAUAGAAGUGCAGUGGGCUAGCGAGUUAGUUAUUGCGGCGGUAGAGAGAUCUGGGGGCGUUAUCACGACUGCCUAUUAUGAUCCUCACACCCUAAUGGCCAUGAUAAAUGCCAAGAAAUUUUUUGAAAGAGGUAUUCCAAUACCCCGUAGGAUGAUGCCACCACCGGACGCGAUAGAAUAUUACACGGACCCCACGAAAAGAGGUUACUUGGCCGAUCCAGAGAAAGUAUCUGAAGACAGAUUAGUUUUGGCUCAAAAAUAUGGUUAUAAUUUACCUAAAAUAGAAGACGAUCCGGAUUACAAGAUGUUGACCGAACGAAAAGAUCCGAGGCAAAUAUUCUACGGGUUGCACCCCGGAUGGGUCGUAAAUUUACGGGAUAAGGUUAUACUUAAACCACAAGAUGAAGAAUUGGUUGAAUAUUAUAAAUCGUAACUUUGAUUUAGGUUUUCGUAAUAGGUAGUAGAUUUUAUUGAAAUAAAAGAUAAAAUAAUUGAAAA